UGUCUCCCUGGACCAGUUGGAGUUUGGCAUCGAGACGGAUUAGACGUGCGGCUUUGAUUUCAUGGGAAUUCCGACGGAUGUGGUUAAUGUAGUAGCGGUUCAUGUAUAUGUGUGAGAGAGUGGAAUGGUGCAAGUGAUCCUUCUAGGAGUAGAAAAUAUAGUUAACGCUGUAUGAGGCCGGAGCAACUACACAAACACUGACAAAAUGAAUGAAUUGGAAGAGAUUGUAGAGCACCUGAGGAGAUUUUCCUGGCCGGAUUAUCUGGUGUUCAUAAUGAUGCUGCUGCUGUGUAUCUUGAUUGGCGUCUACUUUGGGUUCGUUCAGCGGAAACCAAGCACCGAGACCGAGUAUUUGAUGGGCGGCAGGACAAUGAUGGUGUUUCCUAUUGCUUUGUCGCUCAUAGCUAGUUUCAUAUCGGGUAUAACACUCUUAGGGCUACCCACCGAGGUGUAUUCCUUUGGAAUCCAGUAUGUGUACGUUGCGCUGGGAGUCAUCGGCAUGGGCCUCGUGAUGGGUUUCAUCUAUUUGCCCGUAUUCCAUCGACUUAACAUCACAUCAACAUAUGAGUAUCUUGAGACCCGCUUCGAUAGGCGUCUUCGUAUGUUCGGUUCAGUGAUGUUCACAAUCAUGAAUAUCGGCUAUCUACCGAUAGUGAUCUACGUUCCUGCACUAGCGUUCAAUCAAGUGACCGGCGUAAACAUCCAUGUGAUUACCCCUAUUGUUUGCAUUGUGUGCGUGUUUUACACCUGUGUGGGAGGCCUUAAAGCGGUGGUUUGGACCGAUGUCGUCCAGACGUUUUCCAUGUUUGGUGCACUGGUUCUGGUUGCCGUGAAAGGAACAAUAGAUUUGGGUGGUUCCAACGUUGUUUUCCGAAGUGCCUGGGACACCGGUCGUCUGGAGAGACCUAAUUUUGACAUCAAUCCAACCACGAGGCAUACCUUAUGGUCUCAAUUGAUUGGAGGCUUCGUGUAUUGGCUGCAGACAAAUGCGGUGAGUCAAAACAUGAUUCAGCGAUAUUUAUCAUUGCCAUCGGUGAAGGCUGGUAGGAGAGCUCUUUGGAUUUUUGUAUGCGGAGUUUGCGUCCUGAUGUCCCUGUGCAGCUAUUGCGGGCUGUUAAUCUACGCUACUUAUCAAAAGUGUGACCCCCUUACGACGAAGUUAGCGAAGGCGAAGGACCAGCUGCUACCUUUAUUCGUGAUGGACAUUUUGAGAGACUUGCCGGGACUUCCAGGGUUGUUCAUAGCGGGAGUAUUUAGUGCGGCGCUCAGUUCUCUAUCGACCUGUCUGAACUCUAUGUCAGCGGUUAUUCUCGAGGAUUUUGUGAAACCCUUCAUUAAGGAACCGUUGUCUCAGAGAGCAGUCAAUUGGAUCAUGCGUUCGGUGGUGGUUGGCGUUGGAGCACUCUGCGCGGCGUUGGUUUUUGUGGUAGAGAAAAUGGGAACCGUGUUGCAGUUAACUAUGAGUCUGGAAGCUAUUACGAACGGACCCCUGCUGGGAACAUUCACGUUGGGAAUCUUGAUCCCUUGGGUUAACGCAACGGGUGCCUUGACAGGCGGCAUCGUUGGAGUACUUUUCAUGUCUUGGCUUAGCCUUAAGGCUCAAUAUGCUGUCGCUACAGGAGCCAUCGUUUUUCCCCACAAACCGAUGUCAGUGGAAGAAUGCACUUAUGAGUUUGACCGUUCCUCGUUGAACGCCACUGUUACCAGCACUAUGACUGCAGAUGAAAUCUUCCCACUGUAUCGAAUAUCGUACAUGUGGUACACAUUCCUCGGAGCGUCGGUAACGAUACUGGUAUCGCUGGCGUACACCCUGGUGUUCGGUAGAAAUGAUCCGAAAACUGUCGCCCCGGAACUGUUGGCGGGCUUUGUGCAGCGAUACGUUCACCGGGAUGAUGAGAAGACAUCCGCCAAGAAACAUACGACCGAUGGACAGGUGGAAAUACUGAAUAACUUAGCGAGCGAUGGGGCAUUUAAGGAAUCCCAGCUGUAGCAUGCGAGAUUUCCAAGCAUUUGUGUUCCUAAUGUUGACAACCAGCGUUGUUGCAACAGAUGUGUAUGAUUAAGGUAAUUAGAUGAAUAUAAUUCCGGUAUUUGAUAGUUUA